CUACAAAAUGGAGGGCAGUACGAUACUCUUUGCUUUCAAUAACAUUUAUUUUGCAAUCUUUACUUUGUUUUGUUUCAAGCUCUUAAUUAAAAUCUCUUUGGCUUUACUGACUCAUUUCUAUAUUGUGAAAGGGAACAGGAAAGAGGCUGCCAGGAUAGCAGAAGAAAUCUAUGGAAUAGCCCCAGGCUCAUGGGCAGAUAGGUCUCCUCUGCAUGAAGCUGCAUUUCAAGGACGCCUCCUGUCUCUGAAAACUUUGAUAGCCCAGGGAUUCAACGUGAACAUUGUUACAAUUGACCGUGUUACUGCUCUCCAUGAGGCAUGCCUGGGAGGCCACGUUGCCUGUGCAAAAGUCUUACUGGAGAAUGGUGCUCACGUCAACGCAGCCACGGUCGAUGGGGUCACACCUUUGUUUAAUGCUUGCUGCAGUGGCAGUGCAGCUUGUGUCAACAUGUUGCUUGAAUUUGGAGCCAGGCCACACCUGGAGAAUCAUUUUGCUUCCCCAAUUCACGAAUGCGUAAAGAGAGGUCACAGGGAGUGUAUGGAAAUUCUUUUAGCCAAUGGUGUGGAUGUAGACCAAGAAGACCCACGGCUUGGAACGACUCUUUAUGUGGCCUGUGUGAAUCAAAGGACAGACUGUGUGAAGAAGCUCUUAGAACUAGGAGCGAGUGUUGACCUGGGUAAGCAACUAGACACUCCACUUCAUGCAGCUGCUAGAAAAUCCAAUGUGGAAAUUGUCAACCUAUUAACAGACUAUGGGGCCAGUUUGACAUGUCGAAAUUCUGAAUUCAAAUGUGCUCUUGAUCUUGCUGCUCCCAAUAGUUCUGUCGAACGGGCAUUGUUGCUUCGGGAAGGCCCUGCUAGCCUUGCCCAGCUAUGCCGUCUGUGUAUUCGAAAGUGCUUGGGCCGAUCCUGUUUUUAUGUAGUCCACAAACUAUCCCUCCCUGAGCCACUUGAAAAAUUUCUUCUGUUUCGAUAGUUUUAUAAUUAGGUUGAUCAAGUGAAGGAUUGAUAAGCAUGGGGGGGCAACUUGUUUACUCUCAAAAUAUUAAACCAAGGUGAAAUUAAAACACAGGUUACCACUAUUCUAUACUAGGGAUGGGCACGAACUGGAAAAAUGAGGUUUGGUUUGUGGCAUGUCCCAUUCGUGAACCACAGACCAUCAUGAACUUUUGUGAGGAGGUAGAAUCCCCUCACAGAGGAUCUCCAGCUGUCUCUCCUCUACCUGCCCUUCAAGUUUGGUGAGGAUUAGGC